UAUACUACGAAGUAUCUCAUAUUUUCUCCAUAUUUAAUCCUCAAAAUCUAAAGACUUCGUAGUCAAUUAUAUUAGCCUCCCUCGUUGCUACGUUCAACUUCGAUUUCUUCAUCGUUGGAAAAUGGACACCGACCUAAUUCCACAGUUUUACCAACCCGAAACAAUGGAACAAGUCGUUGCAUCCUUUGAUGAACAACUAGCUGGUGUACUACUCGGUGAUGACGACUUCUCUUAUCCUCUCUCAGUCGACAGCAACACCUUUUAUCCUCAAUGGGAUAUUGGUUCCGACCUCCUCCUCGACCAAAUCAUUACGCCGCCUUGUUAUGCUUCCGCUAUCAACGACGACGACAACAACAACAGCAACAAUAAUGAAAGUGUGGAGACUUUGAUAGGCUCGGGUGUAGUCGAAGAGCCGAGAUGGUUGAAGAAGCGCAAGGAUGAGAGCGCCGAGAAGCAAGCAGCGAGUAGUGGAGGUAGGCCGAGGAGGAAAAGACAAGCAACUCAAGUGUAUGAUCACAUCUUGGCUGAGAGGAAACGACGGGAAGUUCUUAGCCAUAUGUUCAUUUCACUGUCAUCCAUGGUUCCUGGUCUUAAGAAGAUGGAUAAAACAACGAUCUUAGGAGGCGCAAUCAAACACAUGAAACAACUUCAAGAGAAAGUAAAUCAACUUGAAGUGGCUGCUGCUGAACUAAAUACUACCAAGUCUAUGGUGGUGGUUAAGAAAUAUAAAUUGCCAUCAACAAACGAUGACAAUGACAAUGACGACGAUGAUGAAAAUGGUUCUUCCUCUACUCUUGUCGACAGCAUUAGUGCUAGUUGUGGCAGUGGCAAUGGUGGCUUCAGUGGCAAUGAUGGUAGUGACAACAAUAAUGGAGAAAAUCUUAUUAAUAAGAAUUCACUCCUAGAAAUUGAAGUUAAGAUAUCAGAUAAUACCCUUCUCUUAAAAGUAUACUGUGAAAAACGUAAAGAUAUUAUAUCUGAGUUGAUUGCAGUAGUGGACAAGCAUGAGUUGAGCAUUACUAAUUGCGGUGUCAUACCAUUUGGAAACUUGACCCUAGACAUUACCAUUGUUGCAAAGAUGAAAGAAGGCUUUAACAACAAUGUGAAAGGUUUUGUCAGGAGUCUUCGCUCUGCCCUAGAGUCCACUAGUCCCCAACGUCAAGCAUCAGAAAUUCAGAAUGAAGAUUGUGAUGCAUAGCUUGAAAAAGCUGGUUCGUCUUUUAAGUAUUCCAGGGAUGGGCCAACAUACCCAGGUCAUGGCCCGCCUUAUUAUGCUAUGCCCAUAAAUUCUUAAUGUCAAUUGAUGCAUUUACCGAAAAAAGAAUGGAGAGUGUUCUUUGUAUUAAAUUGUUGUCUUUGUUAAAUAUAGAUUAAUUGAUCGA